AUGAUUUCUAUAAUAUUGAAAUUACUUUUAUUUAUUAAAUAGUAGUUUGCGAGGUUUAUUGCUUUUGCUCAUUGUUGUCACCGCAGUUGGCUCUCUUGUGAAGCUCCUCCAACCGAGCAAUCAAUAUAUCAAUCAAUUAAACAAACAUAUAAAAUUUUUAGGUGUUUGUGUGUUUUCCACCUUUUUAUUUUACUUUUUCAUUAACUAUUUUCUCUUUUAUCCAUUUUAAACUUAUACCAUCUUAUUUAUUUCAUUAAUGAUGUUUCACAAUUUUAUUUUGCUUUUUAUCUUAUUUCUUCUUCAUCUUCAUUUAUCUCUCUGUAUGUAUGCAUGUCUCUAUGUUUGAGUGUAUGUUAAUCUAUCUUUCUAUCCAUUUUUCAAACGAACUAAUAUAAAAAUCUUAAAGCUCUCUGA